AUGAACACACCGCCGAGGAAGAACUCGAGCACGUUGGUGCACUCCUUGGCCAAAGUGUUUGAUUCCAAAGCCAUGCAGAGUCAGGGGCCUCCUGUGAUAACGGGUCCCUCCAGAAGAUUAUCUGAGAGCACUCGCGGCACCUCCGGGGAUGCGCUCGGUGUGAUGGACAUUAAACUCGAAUCGUUGAGCCAGACUGUAGAGAAACUCCUGGGCAUCCAGGAGAAAGUCGUUCAGAAGCUGGACAGCAUCACUCAAGACGUUGAUAAGAUUGGGCGGAAGGUGGAAAUGCUGACGGCCGACAAAGAAGAAACGACUAAGGUCACCAGCCGCCGAGAAGUCGAACAGAAAAGUGCAAAUGUUCCCGUCGACAUUUCUGACAUGUUGUCAAAGCUGAAUCAGAGCUCCAAGGAGCAGACCAAGAAGAUAGACGGAAUCGAGAACGUGCUCCUCGGAGUACAGCAAGUCAUCAACUACCUGGGCGAGACCUUAAAAAAUUCCAAAAUUGCUGAGUUUAUUCUCAAAGGCCAAUUCGCAUCAAGGGGGAGAGGCAGUGAUCCGCAGCGGACCUUUAGAAAGGGAAUCGCCUCACAAAAGUUGGCAUUGAGAAGGAAAAAGGAGAAGGGGAAAGAUCAGCGGUCUGGUGAUGUGAAAGGGAAGCAAAAUUUAAAUAUUAAAGAAGUUAAGUCCCAACAGAAGAAAAAGCCUCCAGAUUCUACAGCACUGUUUGAUCAGGAGGAUGCAGAUAGUUUCUCUGAUCAAAAGAUCAAAAGUUUAAAUACAGAAAAUGCCAACGGCUCGAGUGUCUUUGAGGAUCCGAACAAUAUCAGAAGUCAAGCAGAAUGCAAAAAUGUUGCAAAAUUAAAAGGAAAGCCGUUUCAGAAAGACGCAAGUGUCUUUGGGCCGCAAUCUUCCAGAUUGGCAGAGGGCACCUCCUCAACAAUCGCUCCAGAGAUUACUGAAGCUGUUUUAGAUAUUUAUGCCAGUAAUGAAAAGAAGGAAGACGCAGCUGUAAAAGAACAAUGUGAUAUUGAGCCUGAGAAGAGUUUUAGCACUGCAGAGAACCAAACAAGGAUCAACAGACAAAUUGAUGAAAGGACAGAGAAAAACAAUGUUAUGUAUGAAAAUAUUGUAGAUAAUAGGUCCAUGGAAAAAAUGCCAGCAGAGGAAGACGAUGGAAGUAUUAAUAAAGAGUUAAUGAGUGAACCAAUAUCAGAAGGAAGAAAGGAGAAUGUAAUAGAUGAAGAAAAUGAAGAAACAGAAAGCAACUGCAUAAAAGUUGAUGAAAGCAAUGAAGAGGCCAUAGGGACUAUUCUUGAAAGCACAGACUCAGAGCUUACUAUUACUGAAAGAUCCAAAGUGAAGAACACAGUGUCACAGGUAGAUGAACUACCUAAGGAUCAGGAUAUUGUUUGUCAUGGCAAAAACUGCACGGUGUUGCUAAACAGAUAUGAAGACAGUGAAAGAGAAGCUGAAGCUUUAUUAGCAGCUGCAGCAGAACCUGAGGAAGGAACAUCACAGAAUACUGAGCCACAUGCAGUCAAAGGUCUGAGUACCAUCAAUAAAAGAAGAGGGACUGGGGAAAAUUCACUUAACGAUGACAACAAGAAAAGCAGAGUGGAGGAAAAAGGCUGCAGCCAGGAAGCCACAACUGAACCUGCUUCCUGUCUGAGCAGUGCAACAUCCACAGUUAGCCAGAAAGAAAUUAACCAGGCAACCAAGGAGUGUCCACACAUUGUGAUCGGCAAUGGGCUCUGCUGCAAUUUCAACUUGAGACAUGACUGGGGAAUUUACCGUGCCAAUUUAUCCCAGCCAGUUGAAGAGGACCCAGAGACAGAGAUGGGACCAGCAGAUGAUGGCCCUGCUCCACCUGCUCCAUUUGAACAUAGGAUUGUCUCGGCCAACAUGGAACAAAUCAGCAAUUACUAUACAAUCUACAAAUCUGAAGUCCUUGGAGGAGGACGGUUUGGACAAGUGCACAAAUGUGUAGAGAAGUCUACCGGUCUUGCCUUGGCAGCCAAAAUUAUCAAAACCAAAGCAGCAAAGGAGAAGGAGGAGGUAAGGAAUGAAAUCCAAGUCAUGAAUCAGCUGAAUCACACAAACCUCAUCCAGCUGUACGAUGCUUUUGAAUCAAAGAAUGAUAUCACUCUGAUCAUGGAAUAUAUCGAUGGAGGGGAACUAUUUGACAGGAUUAUAGACGAAAGCUAUAAUUUAACAGAAAUGGAUACAAUCCUGUUUGUAAAACAGAUUUGCGAAGGACUUCAAUAUAUGCACCAGAGGUACAUCCUUCAUCUGGAUCUAAAGCCUGAGAAUAUUUUGUGUGUCAAUCGGGAAGCCAACCAAGUGAAGAUAAUUGACUUUGGCUUGGCCAGAAGAUAUAAACCAAGAGAAAAAUUAAAAAUCAACUUUGGUACUCCAGAAUUCCUUGCUCCUGAAGUUGUGAAUUAUGACUUUGUUUCAUUUCCCACGGAUAUGUGGAGCCUUGGGGUGAUUACCUAUAUGUUGCUGAGUGGACUCUCUCCAUUCCUUGGGGAUGAUGACAGUGAGACCCUCAAUAACAUUCUUUUUUGUAAAUGGGACUUGGAUGAUGCAGAAUUUGAAAAUGUCUCUGAAGAUGCCAAAGAAUUCAUAUCAAAACUUCUCAUUAAAGAAAAGGGCUGGAGGAUAAGUGCAAAUGAGGCCCUUAAACAUCCCUGGUUGUCAGACAGCAACCUACACUACAAGCUCAGUUCCAAGGUCCCUGUCUUGUUUGUAAUGAUUAUGGAAAACUGUACACCUUUUCGUUGGCUUUGUCAUGCUGCCCUCACCCACAUUCAUUGA